GUAAAGUUGUUUAUACUUUAAGAUGCGUUUUAAAAUUAAAGUUUUCAUUUUUUUCUUUUUUUGUUACAAUUGGAUUGGAUGUGUUAAAGCAAAUCUUAAGGAUUUGGUACUAUCUUUUGUAAUUUCAGAAUACUCGCAGACCUGUGCAGUUUUAAUGCCGAAAUUAUGCUGGUCUGGGUAUGACAAGAACUUGUUAGCUCGAAAUCUUUUCGAAGUGAACGUAUUUUUGGCGCCAUCGCUCCAGCCGAAUACCACUGAGUACUUUCUCCAUCAAGUGGUUAUUUUGGCGGACCUAUCCUGCCCUGGGACUGAAUCGUUUUUGAUACAGGCAAGUGAGCAAGGAUACUUCAAGUCUCCGUACCGCUGGUUGAUACUGGACUCAGACGUGGGUGCAUACAAGUUCGACUUGUUCGAUAAGCUGGAUAUGCCUCUCAACAGCAACGUUGUCAUCGCUAAGAGAAUAGGCCGCGACCAUUACCAUUUUAUUGAAGCAUAUAAAAUCGCUGAAGGCUCGGAUGUUAUUUACACCACAAGAGGCGCUUGGCAGACAGCCAGCUCUAAAAAUCUAAUAUCUCUAGAUUUAUAUAACUCCAACAACUCUCUAACAGAAAGAAACGUGAUUUAUAGAACAAGUGCCACUAACGGCGGAGAAAAUAGACAUGUCAAGUCAACCAAAUAUGGCACAGUGGAGGACUACAGGAACGUUAAAAUAAUGUCACUGAGAAGGAUGGAUAUAACAGGACACCCUCUCACUAUGGUGAUGGUUGUAGUCGACAGCAAUGACACUAGGGAUCAUUUGGAUGACAGACUAAAUCUUCAGCAUGACUCCAUAUCGAAAAUGUCGCACAUGGUGGUAAGGGUAUGCUUCGAUAUGCUCAACGCGAGCGAAAAAAGGCUGUUCACUCACACUUGGGGAUAUAAGGAUAAGGAUGGCAACUGGCAGGGCUUGAUUGAUCAUCUACUGAAGAAGGAAGGUGACCUUGGUACGAUAACGAUUUUCACAGAAGACCGCACGAAAGUGAUAGACUACAUAGCCAUGAUAGGCUCGACGGCAGUCAGAUUCUCGUUCAGGGAGCCUCCUUUAGCUCUGAUGGAGAAUAUAUUCGCUCUACCCUUCACUGGUGCGGUAUGGUUCGCGAUCUUCAUUUGCGUGCUGGGAUGCGCCGUGUUUCUCUACAUCACGUCCAAGUGGGAGGCCAGCGUUAGCAUGCAUCCACUGCAGCUGGAUGGGACUUGGGCAGAUGUGCUUAUCUUGAUUAUUGGCGCAGUGUUGCAGCAAGGAUGUACUUUGGAACCGAGAUAUGCUGCAGGUCGCUGUGUAACAUUGUUGUUAUUCGUGGCGUUAACAAUCCUUUACGCUGCCUACUCGGCGAACAUAGUGGUGCUGCUGCGGGCACCCAGCUCCUCAGUGAAGACCCUGCCUGACCUACUGAACUCACCAUUGAAACUAGGGGCUAGUGAUUUUGAAUAUAACCGGUAUUUUUUUAGUAAAAUGAAUGACCCAAUCAGAAAAGCUAUUUACGAUAAGAAAAUCGCACCGAAAGGGAAAAAGCCCAACUUUUACAGCAUGAAAGAAGGCAUCGAAAAAGUGAGAAAAGGUCUGUUCGCUUUCCACAUGGAACUGAACCCAGGGUACAGGCUGAUCCAAGAGACGUUCCUUGAAGAGGAGAAAUGUGACCUGGUAGAGAUAGAUUACCUUAACGAAAUCGAUCCUUGGCUCCCUGGGCAAAAACGAUCUCCUUACAAGGAUUUGUUCAAAAUCAGCUUCGCCAAAAUCCGUGAGACUGGCGUCCAAGCGAACAUACACCACCGUCUCCAAGUCGGCAAGCCGCACUGCUCGGGCAGCGUUUCUACAUUCAGCAGUGUGGGCAUCACCGACAUGUACCCGGCGCUCAUCGCCACACUAUACGGCGCAUUCUUCUCCGUCGCUGUCCUCAUACUCGAGAUCAUGUAUAAGAGGCUGAUGACGGUGAGAGACAAAAGAAGAACCAAGAAAAAUCUGGUCUUCACCACAAUACCUUUUCAAAAAAAUCGGCUUCAAGAAACAGAAAAUAUGAGAAGAGCAAUAAUUUGGCUUUUGUUUUUGUUCAAUUUUAAUUUGAAUGUACACGCUAAAGACAUGAUCACAAUUAAUUUUGUAAAAAGCUUCAUUCAAAAUGAGUUUAAACCUACGAGUCUGAUCUACAGGAACUUAUGUUGGAAGAAAAGUGAAACAUUAAAACUGACUAAAGAAUUAUCUAAUGCUUUAAACACCAGAGUAUCGUCAAAUUAUAGAGAGGGUGGUUAUCUUCAAGAUCACACGAUUUUAUUUCUUGUAGAUUUAGACUGUGUGCACUCAAAAGCAGUUUUUAACGAUUCAAGACUUCUACGUUUCCCGUAUCGUUGGCUAGUUCUACAUGAUCAUCAAAAUCAGAACCAGUCAAAAGUUCAGCAACUUUUGGAUCUCCCUUUAUUAGCUGACAGUGAUUUUGUGUUAGCAGAACGGAAUGAAAAUAAUUUUACAUUAACUGAACUACAUAAACCAUCUACCUUUGGUCCAACGCACUCUAACCCAAGAGGUCAAUACAAUGGGAAAGACUCCAAGUUAAUAGAUACAAGACCUCGCAGGGAGCUGUUCAGACGAAGACAAGAUAUAAUGGGCCAUCCACUCACCGUGUCAAAUGUUAUACAGGAAAGCAACUCCACACAGUACCAUCUACCUAGAGAAGAUAGACUAGAACUUCAAUACGACUCAAUACCAAAGCUAUGUUGGAUGAACAUUCGCGUAGCUUUAGAAUUUCUCAACGCUACACCACGAUACAUCUUCAGCCAUAGGUGGGGAUAUAAGAGGAACGGCCAGUGGUCCGGCAUGAUAGACGACCUGAACAGAGGGAGAGCUGAUCUAGGAACAAAUUGCAUUCCGUUUGUCGAACGACUGAGCGUUGUCGUAUUCACCAGUUCCGUUUCGAAAUUCAAAACCAAGUUUAUCUUUCGCCAACCGCCUCUUUCCUUCGUCUCCAACAUUUUCACCCUCACUUUCUCGCUCAACGUUUGGAUUGCGGUCAUCGUCUGCAUUAUUGUUUCUUGUAUCACUAUUUGUAUUGCUACUAAAUGGGAGGCCUCUGUAAUGGGUGCGGAUGAAACUCAACUUGAUGGUAGCAUUGGAGACGCAACACUUUUAACAAUCUGCGCCGUCAGUCAACAAGGUUGUUCUAAAGAACCCAAGAAGCUUUCUGGACGUAUUAUCCUAUUAGUAGUGUUCACCGCAUUGAUGGCGCUUUACGCGGCGUAUUCUGCAAACAUUAUUGUGCUGCUUCAAGCUUCCUCGAACUCUAUAAAGACCCUGGAACAUCUUGCUCACUCCAAAUUAACACUUGCGGCUGUCGAUUUGGAUGCCAAUUAUUUUGUUCUGAAGGGUAAUAAAGACGCAGUAAGACGCCUUAUUUACAGUAAGGUAGAGCCAGCAAAAGGCAAAGCUCAAUUUUAUAGCUUGGAUGAAGGUGUAGAGCUCCUACGACAAGGUCACUUUGCCUUAUACUCCACCAUGGGGUCUAUCUACCGACGCAUCGAACAGUCUUUCCUGGAGACAGAGAAAUGUGAUCUCAUGGAGGUGGACUAUAUGGAAGGGAUGAAUCCAUACGUGCCAGUUUAUAAGCAUUCACCUUAUAUAGAGCUGCUGAAAGUUGCUUUCAAGCGUAUCCACGAAUCCGGUAUCCAGAUGGCACUGCACAACCGCAUGCAGGUGUCCAAACCACGCUGCACCGGCAACGUAGCCGCCUUCAGCAGCGUCAAUCUUGAGCACCUUCGACCAGUUCUGCUGUUCAUCAUUUACGGCAUCGGAGUUGCUGUGCUGAUACUUUUGGCUGAGAUUUCGAUGCACAAAAUAAGUACUCGGCGAACUGCUGGAUUGAAUGAUAAAUUCGUGAAACGUAAAAUGUAAUACCUAGGUAUUAAAUAACCAUUGCCGUAAUAAA